AAAUACGGCAAGACAUUAACUGUUCAAGCUUUCAAUCGUACAGCUGAAUCUCGGUUUCGUCUUGUGCCAGAAAGGCGCUCUAUUGAAAAUAUAACAUUUCUAACUAUUUCAAUAUUGUAAAUAUAUAAGUCACAUCGGAAUCAUCUAGCAUUUAGGUGUGAUUAAGUGGAACUCUUUCUUUGACAUCCCAAAUUUUGAACCUGAUACUCAUGAGAUUAACACCAUACUAGAUUUUGACCCAUUAGUUUUGUCGGUUCUAUAUAAGAUCAGAUGAAGAAGUAGUUAGGAGAUUGGAUGCACAACUAUGGCUGAUUACUUCGUACAGAACUCUGUGGCUGUAAUUCAGCUGAAUAACCCUCCAGUAAAUUCUCUAGGGAGCAAAGUGCGAACUGCCAUUUAUGAAAAUGUGCAGAAGGCUAACAGGGACCCCGCAGUAAAAGGCGUGGUUUUGGUCGGAAAAGGUCGGAACUUCUGUGCUGGGGCCGAUAUCAAGGAGUUUGAUGGUGGCAAUAAAGGGGCAUGGAUCACGGAUAUUGGUACCUACAUGGACAAUAUGCGAAAGCCGGUUGUCGCGGCGAUAGAGGGGGUGGCUCUUGGAGGAGGGCUAGAAGUGGCUAUGUUUUGUCACUACAGGAUAGCCACUAGCUCAGCCAGAGUAGGCCAGCCAGAGGUGGCCAUCGGCCUUAUCCCUGGAGGAGGUGGCACUGUGAGGCUACCGAGGGCUGUUGGCCUGAAGAAUGCCCUAGAUAUCAUCGUCACUGGUAGACAUGUGAGCGCUGGGGCUGCUGCCAAGAUGGGCCUCAUUAACAAGAUAGUGUCGGGAAACAUCCUUGAGGAGGGGAUCAAGUUUGCCUUAUCUAAGGCCCACAUUGACACGAGCAUUGUGUGUCUGCGAAACAGGAGCGUGGACAUUGGAAACAUUGACCAGAUAGCAGAAGCUGAGAUGGCCAGAGUGAAAAACAAAUACAGGGGCUUCAUGGCACCAGUUUUCUGUGUGAAGGCAGUCGUAGAAAACUGUCGUCUGCCGUAUGAAAAGGCCAUUGAUAAUGAAAACAAGAUCUUCAUGGAUCUUAGGUCUUCCAACCAGUCAAAGGCUCUCCGAUACGCAUUCUUUGCUGAGAGACAAAUCAGCAGGUGGGAGUUACCAUCUGGAGGGAACUACAAGACAACCAAGCCCAUGCCAGUGCGUACCGCAGGCGUGAUUGGUGCAGGCACCAUGGGUGGGGGUAUUGCCCUGUGUCUCAUCACUUCUGGCAUUCCCUGUGUCCUUGUGGAGCAAAAUAAGGAGUUCCUGGACAAGGGUCUUGAGCUGAUGAAGAGUCAAUUGAUGAUGACGGUCAAGCUGGGAAAGAUGACCAGUGACCAGGCCAUGAAGUGCUGGGAUACACUCAAACCAAGCGUUCUCCUAGAGGACAUGAAGACUGUCGACCUGGUGAUUGAAGCAGUGUUUGAGGACUUGAAGUUGAAGAGGGAUAUCUUUGAGAAGCUCGACAAGAUUUGCAAGCCAGAGACCCUCCUGUGUACCAACACAUCUACCCUGGACAUUGACUCGAUUGCCACUGCUACAAAGCGACAAGAUAAGGUUGUGGGGACACAUUUCUUCGCCCCUUCAUACAUCAUGAAACUACUAGAGAACAUAUAUGGCACACAUACCUCCGCUGAAACGGUUGCUACUGUCAUGAACCUGGGCAAGAGAAUCAAGAAAGUUUCGGUGUUGGUUGGUUCGUGUACUGGAUUUGUUGCCAAUCGCAUGUCAGGUCCCUACUCCCAGGAGGGGACAUUCUGUAUCGAGGAAGGCUCAACUCCUGCCGAGAUUGACAGAGCUUUGAAAGACUUUGGAAUGGCCAUGGGGAAAUACGAGGUCCAAGACCUCUCAGGAGUGGACGUGGGUUACCGAAUUCGACGAGAGGCGGCCAGGAAAGAAGGUGUAGAGCUGACCCCGGAGACAAGGUUCUUCAGGGGCGAGCGCAACUGCUCUCUCGUCGAGAGGCUAGUGGAGAAAGGUCGCCUUGGCAAGAAAGUUGGUAAGGGUUGGUACAAGUAUGAUAGUCCUAGCGGGAAGGUGGCGCACGUGGAUCCCGAGGUGACCGAGAUAAUAGAGGAACACUGUCGGGCUCUUGGUAUCCAGAGGCGUAACAUUGGCAUAAAGGAGGUAAUGGAACGCAUGCAGUUUGCGCUGAUCAACGAGGGCUUUAAGAUAUUGGAGGAGGGGAAGUGCAGAAUGGCCGAGGAAAUUGACGUCAUAUGGCUGUAUGGGUUUGCGUGGCCAAGGUAUAUGGGUGGUCCAAUGUACUUUGCUAGUCAGGUUGGACUGAAGAAAAUAUACGAGAGAGUUUGUUACUACCACAAGAAAUACCCCUACAGUUAUCACUGGGUGCCCAGCAGUCUAUUGGCCAAACUCAGUGAGAGUGGCCUCCCUUUGAGUCAGUGGGGAGAGGCAGCAAGGGGCAGCAAGUUGUAGUGACCUCCGUUUGAGUCAGUGGGGCGAGGCAGCGAGGGGCAGCAAGUUGUAGUUUUGUUGCUGCCGCGGAUUUCUUGUCGAUAUACUUUGUUAUAUAUUAAAAUAUAAACUUGGUUAAAGUGGGAAUUUAAAAAAAACGUAAUAGAAACGCCUAUUUUAAAAACAAUUAUUUUUGAUAUUUUCAAGCUCUUGAAACGGAGUUUUAGCAUUAGUCUAUGAAACAAAUUGUUGCGAUUACUAAUGUGUAAUCUUAUUACAUGUAUGUUAUUAGAUUUGUUUUAAUUUUUAUAUACAUAUGGAAUCAAAAUGUUAUUGACGUAGUGAAAUACUUCCUUGUCCAUUGCGCGAUGAUUUUGUUACUGACUUGUUACUGAGCUUAUUAUAUCAAACUCGAUGGAUUUGGAGGAAUUCUAUUGAUUUUUAUUCUGAUUGUAUUUUUAUGUCACCCUUUCGCUUUCAACUUUCAAAAGUGUAACGGUGGUUGUUUAUGGUAGCUUUUGUGAUAAAGUAUUGUCUAUUCUGUAUUCAUCUUCUUCUUAUUUUAUUUUGUUAUAUGAAUUUAUGUUGUAAUUGUCUGUAAAAGCCGAAUUACCGAUUAAAUAAUCAGAAAUUG